AUGUCGCAGCGAAGAGAACAGCCUCGAGAGGAGAGCUCCACGAGCUCUGCAAUCAAGGCUGCGUUUCAGGGGAUAGCUAUCUUCGCUCUCUCCCAGUUCGUUAUUCAAAGACUCUUCCCUGCUAAGCCACAAGCAGCCAAUGUGCCGGGUGCAAGAUCGUCAACUAUUCCCGCGUGGACGGACCGACCCGACCAAGGCACCAUUACGAAUGCUACACUAAUCCCGCAGCACAUCGGCCCAAUGUGGGAACGAAACAGUGGUUUAGACAUUAAUAUUUUUGUCUCGCCAUACAUCACGCUACCGGCCCUUAACAAGGUGCCGAAAGAUAUGAAAGUUUUGGAAGAAAAAAACUUCAUUGUUGGUGACUGGAACGAGCGCAGGGAGGUGACAGCUCAUAUAGCUGUACCCAAGGAGGUUCAAAACAAUGGCACGCUGUGGGCCCAUUUCUACAUUGCUCUUACGGGACAUCAGCUUGAUCCAACAAAAAGUGACUAUAGCGCAGACACCGCUUUCCAUUUCAUUCGGCCUUUAAAUCAAUACCUCCCUAAAAAAAAGGUGAAGAAACUGAGAAAUCUUCUUGAUUCUGCCGAUGAAAUAAAGCCAGUGGAAGAGGCUCAAAAAAAGGUACAAUUUGGAUCGUAUUACCAUCCAAAUCUCACACUCUCGGUGAUUCCUGAUAGUAAUAUCCUGAAUUACCAAGCAAUGCACCCUGGUGUUCGCCAAUUUAUUCAGUUAGAACGAACGAAUGCAAGAGAUUCGUCUGGACAGAAUGGCUGGUAUUACCCGAUCAUUUUUGCCAACACCUUUUGGCAAUUACAAAGCCAUAUGACUGAACUGAAUUCCACCGUUCAAACACUUCCGCUCCGGAUCUCCCUCAACAACCUGAAAAAUUGGAAAUUUAGCAUGUAUGCUAGCGUUGAUGAGAAUAUGAAGCAAACUCAACGCCAAGCUGCCAUGGGAGGCCCUAUGCCUGCCGGAACCGAUGGAAGCGAGUUUGAAAUGUUUAAGGAAGUGCUCCUUGACACCAACAGCUAUCUUCUAGCAACUACAGGCAUCGUGAGCGUCCUGCACAUGAUUUUUGAAACGCUUGCGUUCAAAAACGAUAUUGCUCACUGGCGCCAGAAAAAGGACGUGGUGGGCACGUCUCUCCGAACCAUCCUUGCCAACAUCUUCAUGCAAGCUGUGAUUCUCUUAUACUUAAUGGAUAAUCGCGAGGGCACGUCUUGGAUGAUUCUUGCAGGCCAAGGGUUUGGAAUUGCGCUUGAGGCUUGGAAGAUCACAAAAACCGUCAAUGUCCGCAUUCGAAGACCCAACCCCGAGUCUUUUUUCUCUUUUUUGCCAUAUCAUAUUGUUUUUGAGGAUAAGCAUAAGCUCAGUGAGACGGAACAGAAAACUAAAGAGUAUGACGAGAUUGCGUUCAAGUGGCUCUACAUCAUUGCCGUGCCAUUAUUGAUUGCAUAUGCAAUCUAUAGUCUUGUGUACGAGAGCCAUAAAUCAUGGUACUCGUUUGUUAUUGAGACUCUAGUUGGCAGCGUCUAUGCCUAUGGUUUUUUGAUGAUGGUCCCAAGCCUUUAUAUUAAUUAUCGUCUCAAGUCCGUCGCUCAUAUGCCAGGAAAAGCACUCAUGUACAAGUUUCUAAACACGUUCAUCGACGACCUCUUUGCGUUCACUAUCAAAAUGCCGACCCUUCACCGUCUGGCAACUCUCAGAGAUGAUGUGAUCUUUUUUAUCUGGCUAUACCAGAGCUGGAAAUAUAAGAUUGACUAUAAGAGAGUUAAUGAAUUUGGGCAGGGUGGCGAAGAGGGUAACGACGCUGAACUCAAGGGGGAAAAUCAGACUAAAGGCACAAGUAGUACAGAAAAGGACAGCCUUACGGUAGCGGCUACCUCUGCAUCCGCCCCAUCGCCUCCAUCUGCUUCACCCAAAAGGUCGACCCGAAAGCGAAAGUAG